AUGUCGAUCGGAAAAUUAGAGCCGUUUGAUUUAAGCAGUAAACAGUGGCCGGCGUAUGUCCGUAGGGUUCAACAAUUUAUAAUAUUGAAUGAGAUCAAACCGCAGUUACGAGUGUCGCUGCUCAUAACGGUCGUCGGAGGCGCAACAUAUUCGCUGAUGUGCGAUCUGUGUUCGCCGGCGCUCCCGGAAGAGAAGGCAUUCGACGAGCUUGUGCGAUUGGUGUCGGAACAUUUGGAACCGCAACGUUCGGAAAUAGCGGAACGCCAUGUAUUCAGGCUGCGCAGACAAGAGGUUGGUGAGCCGCUAGCUGACUAUUUAAAGGCGCUUAAACAUUUAGCAACGACCUGUAACUUCCGCGACGCUUUGGAAGAAAACUUGAGAGACCAAUUUGUGUCCGGACUCGCGAGCGAAGCGAUGCGCUCGAGGAUUUUCGCCGAAAGGAGCAUACGAUAUAAAGAGGCGGUGGAGCUGGCGUUCGCGCUGGAGGCGGCGGAGCGGCACGCGGGGGUGAGCGGCGUCACGGGUUCAACGGCAACCUUCGGUGCGGGCAGCGGCGGUGAGGUGGCGGCUGAUGGCCUACAUAGGGUCAGCGCACGACGCGGCAGGGGACGAGAUGUCAGGCCCAGCGGGGGUGUAGCGGAGCACGGCUGCAGCGAGGGCGGCGCGGAGCGAGGAGACGGGACUGACGCGGGCGCGGGUGAAUGCUGGCGGGAGCCGGGCGGUACCGAGCGCUGCUGGCGCUGCGGCAGGCCACACCGGGCGGACCGAUGUCGCUUCUCGCAAUACAAUUGUGAUGGGUGCGGAAGGCGCGGUCAUAUAAAAGUAAUGUGCAAAGAACUGCGCGAGCGUCGCCGUUUGAAUGGCAGCCGCCAACACUUUGUCAGUGAUGCGAGCUCGGACGAAGAUUUUUUUAAUAUUAAUGUAAUGUCUAAAGAUGAUGACUCUUUUAUAUUACCUUUGUAUGUUGAUCGGCAGAAAUUAGAUUUUGCGUUAGACACGGGUAGUAGAUUAUCAACAAUCAGUGAGCAGUGUUACGGGCGUUGGUUCUCGCACAAGCACAUAACGAGAGAUAACGUUACGCUACGAAGUUACGACGGCUCUCGAAUCAAAACAUUAGGAUUUAUUUCGGUGUUUGUCGCUUUGGGGGGUGUUAAAGCAUUUAAAAUUCCGUUGUAUAUAAUUCGCAAUGGGGGGCGCCCUAUCUUAGGACGGGAUUGGCUUCGCACGUUAAAUAUAAAUCAAAUAAGUCUCCCGGGAAACAAUGUUAACAAUAACAGAUUCGUGAAGCGACCGGCUGUUGAAUGUAAUGUAGAUCCAAAUUGUUUACAGCUUAGUGCAGGUCGAUCACGGGCCGUGCGCACGCGCCCCGGACCGCUUGCAUUUCGGUCUUGGUCCGCGAGAAUGUUCUAG